AUGGAAGGUGCCCUCCAAUAUGUUGAGGACAACGACAUGUCCAUACGGGGUGCAUCAAGGAAGUGGGGCGUCCCAGCUGCAACACUACCAAAAUGGUUGAGUUGUUUGACCACCAUGCCCAAGAAAGGUCCACCAACCAUCCUCACAUAUCAAGAAGAAGAGGAGAUUGUGCAAUGGUGCCAAGAGAUGGCUGGUUGUGGUCAUGGCCUUGAAAUCAUAAACUUGAAGGCAGUUACGGCUGAAGGCCUCGAUAAAGACCAAGCACUGUGUCUUAGACUAGCAAUUGUUUCUACUUUUUACGAGACAUUGUCAAAAGCAUAUGCUGCUAAUCCAUAUGGUCCUGCCCGCAUUUGGAAUUGUGCUGAAACGAGAGUUAUGGCCGAUAGAAAUGAGGCAAUGAGGGUGCCUGCAAGGAAAGGAAGUUGGAACGUGUCUUAUAUACUUUCGAAGAGUCAUGAGUGGAUCACAAUUGUUUGUUGCGUUAAUGCUUCCAGACAAAGCAUUCCAGGGUUCUACAUGAUCAAAGGCAAGAGGUUGUUACAUAAUUACAUAGCUGAAUGUGAACCUGGUGCUUGCAUGGCAGUGCAACAACAUGCAUGGAUGACCAAGGAACUAUUCAUGAAUUGGUUGCACCACUUCAAGCGCUCCGUCCUUGGGGGUGUAUCACCAACGAACAGGUGCUUGUUUAUAUUUGACGACCACGACAGUCAUGUUGCAUUGCCAACCAUCCAAGAGGCAAGAAUGUUGGGCAUAGACUUGUUGACAUUGCCAGCUCACACAUCUCACAAAUUGCAGCCACUCAAUGUGAGUGUAUUCUCUCCAUUCAAAACAUCAAAUCGGAAAGAGACGCAUGGAUAG